AAGAAAGUGAGCAAAGCAUCGAUAUUCCAAGUCUCCUUCAAGAAUCAAAGACUCUUUUGGUAGUACUAGUUUGUAACGUUAACCCAAGGAAUAGGAGAGAUGGCGUUGGGGGAGCAGGAGCACGAAGGAACAGUCGUUGAGAGCGGAGAUCAGAAGACGAAGAAGAAGACGAAGGGUUUGUUGUCUCGAAUCUGGAACGGGUUGUUUAGGGUUAAAGGAGACGACUUUGAGAAGAGACUUAAAGGCAUCUCUAAGGAAGAAGCUACUAUAAGGUCGAGGAUGAAGCGCAGAUCGGUUACAAAGAGGAAGCUCAUUAGGAAUCUCAUUGCUUUCUCUCUCUUCUUUGAGGUGAUUGCAGUGAGUUAUGCGAUUAUGACGACGAGAGAUGAGGAUUUGGAUUGGAGACUUAGGAGUUUUAGGGUCUUGCCCAUGUUUCUUUUACCUGCUCUUGCUUUUCUUGGCUACUCUUCACUCGUUAGCUUCACCAGCAUGUGUGACCGCAGAGAUGAGAAAACUUUGGAGAAGCUUCAAGGUGAAAUGCUGGGGAAGAUCGAUGAGUUAAAAGAGAGGACCAAUUACUUCACCACACUUGAUAUCCUUCGUAGGUUUGACCCUGAUCCAGCUGCAAGGGCGGCUGCUGCAACUAUUCUGGCAUCGAAGUUGGGUGCUGAUUCAGGCUUGAAAGUAUAUGUAGGAGAUGAAUCCCAACUUGAGCCUACCACAGGCAAAAGCAAUGAAGACACGGUAGUCAAACACUCACAAGGGCUCAGGAAUCGAAAACAACCAAAUACAAGAAGACGCAAAGACGGUGCUGGGACCACUCCAGCCCAUCAUUCGGAUAAUGAGUCUAACCAUUCUGGAACAAGCGAAGGAACCACCAGCACAGAGCAAAACCAGCAGAUGGUUUUUGAGCAUUAUAACCCUCAGGGAUAUGCUGGUCAUGAUGGUAGCUGGAUCUCACGCAUUGCGUCUCUCCUCGUAGGUGAAGAUCCAACUCAGUCAUGUCCACUCAUCUGCGGAAACUGCCAUAUGCAUAACGGACUUUGCCGGAAAGAGGACUUCCCGUUUGUAACUUACUACUGUCCUCAUUGUCGAGCCCUGAACAAGCCGAAGCAUUCAGAAGAGCAAUCACUUACUCUUCCUGCUGCUGAUACAGUCUCUCUGAAGCCAAUGGGAAGGGAAGUGGUCAAUAGCAGUAGCAGCUCGACUAGUGAGCGUGGUGACAGUCCAGUUCCUGCAGUUGCUGUGGAAGAAGCCCCAGUAACAACCGAGAGCUGACCUAAAUAUAUUUUGUGCUAGAAAGAGAGAAGUGCGAGAUGGUCCUGUUAAAAUAUGUACCUGCUUGCAAUUUUGAUUGUGAAAUGAAAUCUGAAUAG